AAACGGAAGAGAGAUGAAGGAACCAUCAUCAGGCUUUUUGUCGUUACCACAGGACAUCCUUUCAGAUCUCUCAUCGCUUCGCCUGAGCUUGAGGCCACACGAACUCGUAUGGGAAUAGUAAGAGAAGCUUUCGUUUGCUUAGACCUAAACAAGAGCAACCCUAAUCCUAGCUGGUUCAUUCUUUCCCAAGUUAUCAACGACCGGCAGAAAUUACCUACUAGGAGAUUACUACCCCUCCCGUCCUUUCCUGGUCAACAUCCCAAAUCCUCGACCGUUCUUUUAGUCGAUUCAGUGAUUUACAUAAUUGGAGGCUUGAUUGGAGGAAAUAGAAGCAAUAGAGUGUUGCUUCUUGAUUGCCUUUCUCAUCAAUGGCGUAGUCUCCCAAACAUGCGUCAGCCUCGAGUUUCUCCAGCCGCUGAUGUAAUCGACGGUAAGAUCUACGUGAUUGGUGGCUGCAGGUCCAACUAUAUCGAGAAUUGGGGAGAAGUUUAUGAUCCAAAGACCCAAACUUGGCAGUCAAUAUUACAUACAGCACUUGACGAUCUCAUCUCACAAAAGAAUGUGGUUCCAGGUAGAUUAGUCAUGCGUGGAAAGGAAUAUGGCAUGCAUGGUUGGAAUCUUAUCUUGAUGACAGACACUUGUUUGGUAGACAAGGUUUUGCGUCUAAUAUCAUUUAUGCAUAAGAGUCUUUAUUGGAACGAUCCAGAGGAAGAUUUGGAGUGGAGGUUGGUUCAAGGACUUGAAGAAGUCUCUCAUCAGUUACUAUAUUUUCAUAAUCAGUUUAAUUUGGUUGGAAACUCCGAGGGAGGCAGAAGAGUGACAUUGUGGUGGAAGUCGGUAGUUACUCAUUCUGAAGGUCACCAAUAUUGCACUGAGGAAUGUAAAACAGAGAUUUGGUGUGGAGAGGUUUUGUUUGAGAGACGCGGUUUACAAGAGCUUUGGGGAUCUGUUCAAUGGUCUAAAAAUGUCUUUACCAUUGACGGAUGUGACUCCGUUCUGAUUUAUUUUUGCAUUCUGUGA